GCAUAACACAUCUAUAAUGGCUGCCGUUUCUCCAUUUCGUCUUCUUCAAUUGCCUCAAAGAGCUCAACGCAUUUCACUUUCGCACAUGAGUUCUGUUUCUGUAUUUUCACUCUCCUUGUGUGCCACAAAAAAUACAAAAGACCUCGUUCGGAGUCUAAAUCUGAAGUGCAUACGAUUGUGUUUAGAAUUCUUUGAUGACCUUAUUUUGAGUAUUUGCUUCGAAGGCUGUAUAAUUGAUUUUUAUCUGUACAUGCUGAAUAGUAGUCAGAAAAUUACACCAGGACUAUGUGCACCGAAAAAUGUUCAAGUUUCUACAAAUGAUGUGAAAAAUUUUAAAUGGGAACGACCAAACUUAAAAUUUAGAAAUUGGAUAGAUCACUUUCUUUAUAUUCUCAAUAUUUCAACUUUAGAUGUUGCAAUGGGAAGUAGAAAUGUUAAUGUUGAUUUUGAAAAUCUUCAUAGUUGUUUAGAAGGAGUUCGUGUAAAAAAGUUAUCUUAUCAUAUACUGGACAUGACUUCAAAUGAAACCAACCGAACAAAUUCCGUUAAUGAUACAUUUUUAUCAAAAGCAGAGUUUAUUGUGUUGUCUAAUUGCACGUAUGAAACCUCACAGUCUAUUCACAAAUUUCUUAUUUGUAAUAAUGCGACACUAUUCUCUAAUGUUUUUUCUCCAUAUAAUCUGAAUGAUUUACUCAUAUCCAAUUGCCAAAACCUUCUCGUUAACGUUGAUAGAGGCAACAUUUUUUUGGGACAAGAUGUGAACAAAUUUUUAAAGCACUGGAUACGUGGAUCAAAUGUAACACUCAAAUGUUUGGCAUUAGAAGCUCCGAUGAAUAUGGAAAGAGAACUUGUUAUAGAAACAAUAUUAGAAGGAAUUGAUUACAAGGUUAAAGAAGAGGAGGUGUCAGUUUAUAAGAAAAUGCUUGAUAUCUUCAAUCACGGAAAUCCUUCAAUUACCAAAAUUCGUGGUUUUCGUAUUACACGAUUCGAUGGUACAAAUUGCGAUGUUGUAAUCAGAACAUGCAAUCCGAGUGUUAUGCGGUACAGCCUAAAUAUGUUUAUUUUCUAGUUUUGUUCUGUUUUGAUACACUCUCAUUAAUUGUAUUUUUUAUGAACACAUAUAUAUGCACAUAUUUGUUGCUUCUAAUUGUUUUGUUAAUUGGAAAAACUGGAAAAUGGAAUAAAUAUUGGAAUAAA